AUGCAAAACUUAGAAACAAUUGUGUUUGUGUUUGUCUGUAAUAAUUUGCGGCCAUCAGAUCUUCUUGCGAUGGCAUGCGUGUGCAGAACUUUCAAAGGUAUUCUAAACGAAAGAAUCUUUCCAUUAGCAAAAGAUAUCUGGAGAAAUUCUAGAAAUAAAUUUACAAUUUUUCGAGAAAUGGAUCCGCCAUCAGGAAUGAAUCAACAAACUUUUGCGAGACUAUUAACUGUAGAAAAUGGAUGUCAAUUUUGUCAAACUAAAGAGGCGUUUAAAAUAUAUUGGAAUCCUGGUGUUCGUUCUUGCGUGAAAUGUAUAUCCCAUAGAGCAACAAGCAUAGAUUUUGUAGAUUAUUAUUGGACAGACCAUCUAAGGAAUACCAUUACGUUUCUUAAGCUUCUUAAGGUUGCUAGUGCUAAUGAUGAUAUACAACGCAAGUUAAAUGACUUAAAAAAAGAAGUCGAAGAGAAAAAUGAAGAAGCCAUAUAUUAUGAGAAAUGGACAUGUGAAACCUAUAUUAAAGAUCUUUUUUCAAGAUUCCACGCUGAAAUUAAUGAAGAGACUUUACCCAAGUUGAAAGAAGAUCACGAAUAUGAUGAAAUGGAGCAUGAAAUUAAACGUGCUCCAUUUCUAAUUCCAAAUAACCCCGAAUAUGAUUAUUAUUUAGAAAGAACUAAACAAAUCGCCCAAAGAAUUGAGUUUAGCCCCCAAUUAAUAUGUAAACGAAAAGCAAUCGUUAAACAGCUAAAGAAUUUAACGUAUGGCUCAAAAAAAAAAGACAAUCAAAUAAUUAGUAUUAAGGAUCCUGGAUAUAAAUUCUUUUCAAGAUGUCCAUGCUUCAUAAAUCCACAGGAUUUUAACUUGAAUAAACUAUUAAAAGAAGCAGAGGAAGUAAGUGCAGUCCCACCAGAUUUCCUAGAAACUGGUGGGGCGCUAAUAACAGGAUCGCAUUUAAAAACUGUACAUAGUUUAAGUGAGAGCAAUCUAGAAUUAGUAAUUUCAGCAUUAGAAGUGAAUUCCGAUGCUAAGAUUGGAAAUAUUCGUGAAGAAUUUAUCAAAAAUGAGAAGACACUUUCAGAUUUAAAUAAAGAAUAUGGAAUAAAAUCAUAUAAUAGAGAUACAGGUGAAAUUUACUUAAAAUACAACACAAUACUGGAUUUAAAAUCCGGUUAUACAAAUUACAAAAUGAGAAUUCAAGGUGUCACGUUUCUUAUAUAUCAUAUUCUUGAUCAUGCUCAUAAUCAUGCUGCUCAGCAGAAAAAAUUUGGUAAUUUUAUAUACUAUUUGCCCUUUAAUACUUUUUAA